CUGCUGCUUGCUGUGCCAUACUGAGCCCUCAGUCUGGAGCCCCCGGGACAGUGCCCGCCUCCUGAGGUUGUCCUGGCUCGGUGGUCCACAGCGAUGGUGGAGAACUGCCCUCCACAGACUCUCAACCUUCCCAACAAGUCUCAGGGGCCAUCAUCCUUCAUCCUGGGACUGGCAGCCCUGAACAAUGGCUGAGGGCUGGGGGACCCUAUAGAGUUACACCACAACUCACGGCGGCCAGUAGCACUCCAGUGCCUGUGGACUAUGACCACCUAUCGGCCCAUUCCCAAUGAUGGCGUGGACCUGGCAGCCAGCUGUGGGGCCAGGGGGGCCGAUGUCCUUCCCGGGCCACACACAGGGGACUAUGCUCCCAUGGGAUUCUGGGUCCAGAAUGGCAGCGUGCCCCAGCCUGUUGGUGAGAGCCCAGCCGCUGCUCCCACUCGCCCCAGCCCCACCACCCCUGCAGUGCCCAAGAUGGGAGUGCGUGCCAGGGUGGCCGACUGGCCCCCCAAGCGAGAGGCUCUGAGAGAGCAGAACAACCCAAGCCCGUCCCAGGACACAGACGGCACGAAGGCUGCGAAGGUAGCCCAUUCCAUGAGGAGCAUACAGAACGGACAGCCCCCCACCAGCACCCCAGCUUCCGCGGGGUCCAGAGCCUUCCACCGACUCUCCAGGAGGCGAUCCAAAGAUGUGGAAUUUCAGGACGGGUGGCCCCGGUCCCCUGGCAGGGCCUUCCUCCCGCUACGACACCGCAGCAACAGUGAGAUCACCCUCAGUGAGUGUGACGUCGAGGACCCAGGGGAGCCACGGGGGGCUCGGCACACAGGGGCCCUGCCCCUGUUCCGUGAGUACGGGAGCACGUCCUCCAUCGAUGUGCAGGGCGUGCCUGAGCAGAGCUUCUUUGACAUCCUCAAUGAGUUCCGCAACGAGCAGCCCGAGCCCCGGGGCUCCCAGGACCUCACUGAGCUCCUUCGGGUUGACUCUGGCCUGCACCUUUCAGGGAGUAACAGCAGCGGCACCAAGGGGGACCCCCGAAAUGGGCAGACCCCCAAGGACAGUCUCCUACCACUGCAGCCCUUGAAGGAGAAGUCCCGGAAGAAACCUGUGCGGGGCCUCGGUGGUGGGGACACCGUGGACUCGUCCAUCUUCCGGAAGCUGAGGAGCAGUAAGCUGGAGACCGAUGCGGGGCGGUCGCCAGGGGAGGCCGAGGAAGGUCGGAGUCCCCCGGAGGCCAGCAGGCCGUGGGUCUGCCAGAAAAGCUUUGCCCAUUUUGACGUGCAGAGCAUGCUGUUUGACCUGAACGAGGCAGCCGCCAACAGGGUGUCUGUGGCCCAGCGGCGGAACACCACCACCGGCGCCUCUGCUGCCUCAGCCAUGGCAUCCCUCACAGCAUCACGGGCCCACAGCCUUGGGGGCCUGGACCCAGCCUUCACCAGCACAGAGGACUUGAACUGCAAAGAGAACCUGGAGCAGGACCUUGGGGACGACAACAGCAAUGACCUGCUGCUGAGCUGCCCACACUUCCGCAACGAGAUUGGCGGCGAGUGUGAGCGCAACGUGAGCUUCUCCCGGGCCUCCCUGGGCUCCCCAGGCAGCGGCGAGAGCCGGCUGGCGGAGCCCGCCCUGAGCGCCUACCGCACCAACGCCAGCAUCUCGGUGCUGGAGGUGCCGAAGGAGCAGCAGAGAACCCAGAGCCGCCCACGGCAGUACAGCAUCGAGCACGUGGACCUAGGCGCCCGCUACUACCAGGACUACUUUGUGGGCAAAGAACAUGCCAAUUACUUUGGCGUGGACGAGAAGCUGGGACCGGUGGCCGUGAGCAUCAAACGGGAGAAGCUAGAAGACCACAAGGACCAUGGGCCUCAGUACCAGUACAGGAUCAUCUUCCGUACCCGCGAGCUCAUUACCCUGCGGGGCUCCAUCCUGGAGGACGCCACACCCACAGCCAUGAAGCAUGGGACAGGGCGUGGCCUACCAUUGAAGGACGCCCUAGAGUAUGUCAUCCCAGAGCUCAACAUCCACUGCCUGCGACUGGCUCUCAGCACCCCCAAGGUGACGGAGCAGCUGCUGAAGCUCGACGAGCAAGGGCUCUGCCGGAAACACAAGGUGGGCAUCCUCUACUGCAAGGCAGGCCAGAGCUCCGAGGAGGAGAUGUACAACAACGAGGAGGCAGGCCCAGCCUUCGAGGAGUUCCUUGCCCUCAUUGGUGAGAAAGUCUGCCUAAAGGGCUUCACCAAGUACGCUGCCCAGCUGGAUGUCAAAACUGACUCCACAGGAACCCACUCCCUCUACACGACGUACCAGGACUAUGAGAUCAUGUUCCACGUCUCCACCCUGCUUCCAUACACCCCCAACAACAGGCAGCAGCUACUGCGGAAGAGGCACAUAGGGAAUGACAUUGUGACGAUCAUCUUCCAGGAGCCUGGAGCGCUGCCCUUCACCCCAAAAAACAUUCGCUCACACUUCCAGCACGUCUUCAUCAUCGUCCGCGUACACAACCCCUGCACUGAUAACGUCUGCUACAGUAUGGCUGUGACCCGAUCCAAAGAUGCUCCUCCUUUUGGCCCCCCGAUCCCCAGCGGAACCACAUUCCGCAAAUCAGACGUCUUCAGAGACUUCCUGCUGGCCAAGGUGAUUAACGCCGAGAACGCCGCGCACAAAUCUGACAAGUUUCACACCAUGGCCACCAGGACCCGCCAGGAGUACCUCAAGGACCUGGCCGAAAACUGCGUCUCCAACACGCCCAUUGAUUCCUCUGGCAAGUUCAACCUCAUCUCCCUGACCUCCAAGAAAAAGGAGAAGACGAAAGCCCGGGCAGGUGCUGAGCAGCACAGUGCGGGGGCCAUUGCCUGGAGGGUGGCUGCUCAGGACUUCGCCCAGGGGGCAGAAAUCGACUGCAUUUUGGGAAUUUCAAAUGAGUUUGUGGUGCUCCUGGACCUGCGCACCAAAGAGGUGGUGUUCAACUGCUACUGCGGGGACGUCAUUGGCUGGACCCCGGACGCCUCGACUCUCAAAAUCUUUUAUGGGCGAGGGGACCACAUCUUCCUACAGGCCACGGAUGGCUCUGUGGAGGACAUACGAGAAAUCGUCCAGAGACUGAAGGUGAUGACCAAUGGCUGGGAGACAGUGGACAUGACACUACGGCGGAAUGGGCUUGGGCAGCUGGGCUUCCACGUGAAAUACGACGGGACAGUGGCUGAGGUGGAGGACUAUGGGUUUGCCUGGCAGGCCGGCCUCCGGCAAGGCAGCCGGCUGGUGGAGAUCUGCAAGGUGGCCGUGGUCACACUGACCCAUGACCAGAUGAUCGACCUGCUGCGUACCUCUGUCACUGUGAAGGUGGUCAUCAUCCCGCCUUUCGACGACGGCACACCCCGGAGGGGCUGGCCAGAGACCUAUGACAUGAAUACCUCGGAGCCCAAGACCGAGCCAGAGAGCAUGACCCCUGGGGGCCGGCCCCCUUACCGCAGCAAUGCUCCCUGGCAGUGGAGUGGGCCUGCAUCCCACAACUCCCUACCAGCCUCCAAGUGGGCCGCGCCAGCCACUCCUGGCCACGCCCAGUCCCUGAGCCGGCCCCCGAAGCAGACCCCCAUGGUCCCCUUCCGGGAGUCCCAGCCACUGCACAGCAAGAGGCCUGUGAGCUUCCCAGAGACCCCUUACACAGCAUCACCAGCAGGGGCCGACAGAGUCCCUCCCUACCGACAGCCUUCUGGGAGCUUCUCCACCCCCGGCUCUGCCACCUACGCAAGAUACAAGCCAUCGCCAGAAAGGUAUGCAGCCGCCCCACACUCACUGCUGUCUUUUGAUUCCCACUUCACCCACGAAGGGACGUCCAGCGGCGACUCCUCCUCAGGCGGUCUGACCAGCCAGGAGAGCACCAUGGAGCGCCAGAAGCCAGAGCCGUUGUGGCAUGUGCCCGCCCAGGCCCGGCUCUCGGCCAUGACCGGAAGCAGCAGCAGCAAGCACGGCUCCAGGCAGGAUGCAACAGGCAAAGAUUCUCCCAACAGGCAUUCCAAAGGAGAGCCUCAGUACUCAAGUCAUUCCAGCAGCAAUACCCUCUCCAGCAACACAUCCAGCAGCCACAGCGACGAUCGCUGGUUCGACCCCCUGGACCCCCUGGAGCCAGAGCAAGACCCGCUCUCCAAGGGCGGCUCCAGUGACAGUGGCAUCGACACCACCCUCUACACCUCCAGCCCCAGCUGCGUGUCCCUGGCCCAGGUGCCUCGGCCGUCAAAGCCACACAAGCCCGCAGGAAGCAUGGGCCUCUGCGGUGGGGGACGUGAGGCUACGGGGAGGCCCCACCACACAGACAGACGGCGCGAGGUCUCGCCCGCCCCAACAGCUGCUGGGCAGAGCAAGGGCUACCGACCGAAGCUAUAUUCCUCAGGCUCCAGCACCCCUACAGGCCUAGCUGGGGGCAGCCGCGACCCACCGAGGCAGCCCAGCGACCCGGGCUCAAGGGCUGGCUACCCCGCUCAGGUUUACAAAACUGCCAGCACAGAGACUCCUCGGCCCCCACAGCUGGCCCAGUCCAGCCCCUUCCAGCUCUCUGCCUCUGUCCCCAAAUCCUUCUUCUCCAAGCAGCCUGUGCGCAAUAAGCAUCCAACGGGGUGGAAGAGAACUGACGAGCCACCACCUCGGCCACUUCCCUUCACUGACCCAAAGAAGCAGGUGGACACCAGCACAAAAAACGUCUUUGGGCAGCCGCGGUUGAGGGCAUCUCUCCGAGACCUCCGCUCCCCACGGAAGAACUACAAAUCCACCAUUGAAGACGACCUCAAGAAACUCAUCAUCAUGGACAACCUGGGGCCAGAACAGGAGAGAGACCCAGAGCAGUCCCCACAGAAGAGCCUACAGCGGACACUGUCCGACGAGAGCCUGUGUAGUGGGCGCCGGGAGCCCAGCUUCGCCAACCCGACCGGCCUGGAGCCGGGCCUGGCCAGCGACGUGCUCUUCACCGGCACCAGCGCCUUCCCCUCCAGCACACUGCCCGCCCGCCGCCAGCAGCAGCACCCCCACCCGCCCGGCGGUGGGGGCCCCAACACUGUCCCUGCCACCGGCAAUGGCUUCCCAGAGAAGAAAUCCACUAUCUCGGCCUCGGAGCUCUCCCUGUCCGAAGGGCGGGACCGGCCACUGCGGCGCCUCGACCCUGGGAUGAUGCCACUGCCCGACACAGCUGCUGGCCUUGAGUGGUCCAGCCUGGUAAACGCAGCCAAGGCAUAUGAAGUGCAAAGAGCCGUCUCUCUCUUCUCUCUCAAUGACCCAGCCCUGAGCCCGGACAUCCCACCUGCACACAGCCCUGUCCACAGCCACCUGAGCCUGGAGAGGGGGCCCCCGACCCCCAGGACCACCCCUACCAUGAGCGAGGAGCUGCCCCUGGAUCUGACAGGCAAGGUGUACCAGCUGGAAGUGAUGCUGAAACAGCUGCACACAGACCUCCAGAAGGAGAAGCAGGACAAGGUGGUGCUGCAGUCAGAGGUGGCCAGCCUGCGGCAGAACAACCAGCGGCUGCAGGAGGAGUCGCAGGCCGCCAGCGAGCAGCUGCGCAAGUUCGCCGAGAUCUUCUGCAGGGAAAAGAAGGAGCUCUGAAGAGCCAGAGGCC